AAAGGACAAUUGUUUUUUUUUUUUUCAUUUUAAAACAAUUAAUUAUUAUUUGUUUGUUUUUCUUUUUCCAUGACUUUUCGGAACUAUUUUCAUUUGUUUUUGUUCUUUUUUAACAUCGAUCUUUAGGUUCACUCUUUCUUGAGUUUGACUUUGAUAAAUAUACACCUUAAAUACUUAAUUACUGUCUAUACUUAUUUGUUAAAAUUUAACUUUAAUCCUUUCUUUUUACCGUAAAAUCUCUCAUGGUGUCACUCGUGUUUGUUCAGAACUUCUUAUUGCAGCGUUUGUUCCAUCUUCGUACCAGCCAGUCGGUUAGUUCGUCAUCAUGGAUCUGUUGCGCACCUUCGCAAACGAAUCGUCCAUCCAUGGGUUGGCCCAUUUGGUCCGAAGCCAGCAUUGGUUAGAGAAAGCUUUCUGGUUGGCAAUGCUUGCCUUCUCGGUUGUGUGCACGGUCAGCAUCUGCAAUAUGCACUGGGAACGAUUUCAAAACAAUGCUACCGUGCUAAACGUGGAGACGGAUUAUCUCAGCUGGGUGUUUCGUCCACCGGCGGCUACCGUGUGUUCCGAUCAUGUUAAUGAGGAAAAAUUGGCCCAACUGUUGCAAAGAUACUGGAAAGUGGACGUAAAUCAUACCGAAUAUGAACAUUUCCGAGAAUUUCUUUUGACCGUUAAUCGGGCACGAUUUGACAACUUGAUGACGUUCGAGCCAUUCGUUAACGAUACAAGGCUUGCCUCCGUUCCGGUAAUUGAUUUGGCACGCGAAUUAAAGUCUCCAUUGAUGCCACCGUGGAAAACGUUUGCACCCGUCCUGACGGAGGUUGGUGUUUGUUACUCAUCCACAAUGCUUUACGCCUUUCAAAGUCCCUACAGUGAACGAUCGCAAGAAAAUUACACAAAGGUACGCCCGGCGGAUUGUUUUACACUGGACGUUUGUCGUACGAUGGUCGCGAUGAGUCAUAUGGAUUCCAUAAGAAAUGAUGUGGUGAGUGUAAUCAACUGGUAAACAAGAUUUAUUUGUUCUUUCUUUUUAUUCAUUAUGUUGUUUAUUCAUUUGUUGCAUGAUUUAGUAGAAGAAUGAGUGAAAAUAAUUGAUCAUAAAUCAAGUUUAAUGCAAAAACUUCAAAACUCUCGCAGUCGGUAGGAUUCGAACCUACGCUCCCAGAGGGAAUCUGAUUUCUAGUCAGACGCCUUAACCGCUCGGCCACGACUGCACAUAGUAUAAAGGCAGUUCAAAAGCAAGAUCAAUUAAAACUUUUUUUUCUUUUGCUCUUUCAUUGCGUGUGAAAAUCUAUUUUAGUCGGUUUCAUGUUUUUCACAUGUUCGUUUGAGCUAUGAGUAUGAAGAUUGAAAAGGAAUUUUGUUAAACUUCUCGUAGUUUUUUUUCCUCAAUUUUAUACGACAAUUCAUUGCAAUAUUUUGGACAUGGAUCCAGUUUUUAUCGUUUCACUAUUUUUAUUUCUAAGCCUAACUACAUUCCGUCCAUUCUGCGAUGUUUCAUGCUGUUACAUGCAAUGUUAAGGUAUGCACUAAUUGAUAGCAGGUGUUGUGUUCAAAUAUGUAUGUGAAGCAAUCUGUGACAUUUCGUAUAGUGCAAACAAAAAUAAACAUUUUUGAAGGUCGAAUCGAACUCGUGAAAUUUUUUUUCAUUUUUAUACUAGAUUUUUCCAUAUCUACGUUACAUUCAGAGUGAUCAACAAAUGUUAGUUGCAAGAUUAUUCGUAUUUUGAUUUUGUUUUACAUUAAAAAAGCAACUGCAUUUUUCUUCCACUACCGCUUGCAGUACAUUCACAUCGAACAGGACGUUAUGACGGCGGACAGUUCCAUUCACUAUGUGUUGGGUCAGCACGACAUAAUCAGCUCGUCGCUCUCCGUCGAACAAGUAGUUGCCUCGAAAGCUCUCAAACAAUUAUCCCGCCGAAGACGUAAGUGUCGGCUACCAAGCGAACGGCUUCACUACUUUAGUGUAAGU